GUCUCUCCCUCGUUUUUUAAAGGGUAUUUUUUGAAGCAGAAGGAAGAAGGUCAAAAUGGGGCGGAGAUCUACAUCAUCCACCAAGAGUGGGAAGUUUAUGAAUCCCACAGAUCAGGCCCGGAAGGAAGCUCGGAAAAGGGAGCUGAAGAAGAACAAAAAGCAACGAAUGAUGGUACGAGCAGCUGUACUGAAGAUGAAAGAUCCAAAGCAGAUUAUCCGGGACAUGGAAAAGUUGGAUGAGAUGGAGUUUAACCCAGUCCAACAGCCACAACUUAAUGAAAAAGUGCUAAAAGAUAAACGCAAGAAACUCCGCGAGACUUUUGAGCGCAUCUUGCGGCUCUAUGAGAAGGAGAAUCCUGACAUCUAUAAAGAGCUGCGCAAGUUGGAAGUGGAGUAUGAACAGAAGAGAUCACAACUCAGCCAGUAUUUUGAUGCUGUCAAGAAUGCUCAGCAUGUUGAAGUAGAAAGUAUCCCUUUACCGGAUAUGCCGCAUGCUCCCUCCAACAUCCUCAUACAGGACAUUCCCCUUCCAGGAGCCCAGCCACCUUCUAUUCUCAAGAAGACAUCAGCUUAUGGACCACCAGUUCGGUCCAUUUCUGUACUUCCUCCUCCUGGGCUUGGUGUUCCACGUUUACCUCCAGGCAGGAAGCCCCCUGGACCUCCUCCAGGGCCACCCCCACCUCAGGUCCUACAGAUGUAUGGCCGUAAAGUGGGCUUCGCCUUGGAGAUGGCACCUCGAAGACGAGAAGAGGAGAUUUCUUACAGUUCUGAAGGAGGACAACGAGGGCAUGAUGAUGAUAUGUCCAGUACCAGUGAAGACGAAGGUUAUCCUGAGGAUAUGGAUCAAGACAAGCAUGAUGAGAGUAGUGACGACAGUGACAGCGAUAGGUCAGAUGCAGAGAGUGAGAGCGAGGACUUCCUGCAUCGUGAUAAUGAUAAGGAGAGAGAAGGUGGUGAAGAAAAGAAAUCAGGUCAUAGUGUGCGGUUUGCAGAUAUGCCUGGGAAGUCACGAAAAAAGAAAAAGAACAUGAAAGAACUGACUCCACUCCAGGCCAUGAUGUUACGGAUGGCAGGUCAGGAAAUUCCAGAAGAAGGAAGAGAAGUGGAAGAAUAUUCAGAAGAGGAGGAGGAGGAGGAAGAUGACUCAGAGUCUGAAGAGACAUCACAGCAACAGCAGCAGCAACAACUCGGUGAAGAGGCUCUUGCAGAGACUGGGUCAUCUACUGCGACUUCCCAGACACAGCAGCAGCAACCGCCUCCACAGCCAGUUCCUCCAACACAGAUACAGGCACCUCCUAUGCCUGGACCACCUCCGCUAGGACCACCUCCGGCCCCUCCACUGAGACCUCCAGGCCCCCCCACUGGCCUUCCUCCUGGCCCUCCACCAGGAGCUCCUCCGUUCCUGAGACCUCCUGGCUUACCAGGACUACGUGGGCCUUUACCUCGACUUCUGCCACCCGGCCCUCCACCUGGCCGACCACCUGGCCCUCCUCCAGGCCCCCCACCAGGUCUGCCUCCAGGUCCUCCUCCACGUGGGCCGCCUCCUCGCCUGCCUCCUCCCGCCCCACCAGGUAUCCCUCCUCCUCGCCCAGGCAUGUUACGGCCACCUCUAGUGCCUCCUUUAGGACCUGCCCCGCCUGGGCUCUUCCCGCCAGCGCCCAUUCCAAAUCCUGGGGUCCUGAGUGCCCCGCCCAGCUUGAUUCAGCGCCCCAAGGCGGAUGACACCAGUGCGGCCACCAUCGAGAAGAAAGCUACGGCCACGAUCAGUGCCAAGCCGCAGAUCACUAACCCCAAGGCAGAGAUCACUCGCUUUGUGCCCACUGCCUUGCGAGUGCGACGGGAGAAUAAAGGAGCUUCGGCUGCCUCCCAGAGAAAACAGGAUGAUGAGCCUGCUCUCCCAUUAACCAAAGCUGCCCCCAAGGCUGGAUCAUCUGCCCCUAUCUCUGUACAGACAAAGGAUGACGUGUACGAAGCCUUCAUGAAGGAAAUGGAAGGCCUCCUGUGA